AUCGUCUAGAAAGCUGUAUUUGACUAUUGGAGUUUUUCAUUUCGCUUCGUUCUAUGAAAAGUUAAAGUGGUUCCUGAAGAAGAUGAAGACCACAUGACUGAAAAUAAACUACUUUAAGAUGCAAACCCGUCUCCGGUCCUCGGGUCGCAGUGCGAAGCGGCUGCUAUCGUCCACGACUGCUGGUGCAAAACCUACCACUUCAACGUCCUCUUCGUGGUUAUUUCACUGCCCAGGAGUAGAUCAUGGUCACCAACACCAACAGCAGCUCCAGAGGACCCUUCGGCAACAGAGGGCUUUCAACUCAGGAUCAACGCCGUCUUCCGGAAAAAACGCUGCAACUCCCAGCUCGUCCAGCACUGGCCCAGCUGCUGGAAAAGUUGGAAAGCCACCGGGUAGUAGUUCGUCUUCGUCCGCUCCACCUGUGGUGCCUGGUCAGGCGAAACCUGCUGCUGGGGGCGCAAGCGCAUCUCCUCCGCCUUCGUCCGCAGGUGCUUUUAGUGGUGCCGCAUCAACGAAAAGUAGUUCUAGCGGAGCAUCUACUUCGUCCGCCGCAGCAAGCACUAGCACCGGAACUUCGUCGUCGACCUCCAGCUCCACGACGACAACUUCAGCGACCGCCAUGCUUUCCUACGCCGCAAAUCUUGCCCUCGCCGCUGGCGUUGCCUUCGUCGGGAAACAGGCGUACGACAGUCAACAGGAAGCGGUAGCAUUGCAGCAACAGAAGGACCAGCUGGAGCGAAAAGCCCAAACCAGCUUCGAAGAGCAGCAGAAGCUGCAGAGCGCCCUGCGAAAUUCGGAGCAAACCGUGCUGACGAACAGGAAGCAACUGGAUAGCGUAAAGCAAGAUAAACUCAAACUGCAAAACGACUUACAGACAACGAAAAGAAACCUGGAAGAGAAGCAGACCGCGUUGGACAGACUGUUGCCGCCGAAUGAGGAUUUGAUGGAGCCCGAGGAAGUCUUGGCGUUGAAGCAGAAGAAGACCAGGAUUUUAAAAACAAGGGAAGACAUCGAGACGCAGAUGAAACGGCUAGCGACGACGGCGCCGAGCGAGCAGUUACGGAAGGAACUGGCACAGACAAAAGAAUAUGCAUGGCAAAAGUAUAAUCGCACUAGGACGUAGUAUAAGUUGCAAUACAAAUUCUCCCAGAUGAAAAAAAAUCGCAAUUUGCAAUGCUGAUUUGAAUAUACGCUAUUUAUAGGUCUGUCAUUCGGCGCGCAUGCGCAAUUGCGAUUAGUACGAGUGCGAUACUUUUGCACAGCAUGAAGAAGCUUAUCUGGACCUGGCCGGGAAGAUCGACGGAGACACACCGUUGCUGGAAGACCCGAUCGAGCAAACAAAGGUAAAAAGUACUUCCUGUACGUCCAGAGACUUCUAAUUUCUCAUCCCUUUUUUUGUCAUGCAAAAAGUAGUUAGGGAUAGGAUAGGUUUCUUUCUGUGGAUAACUCACAUGAACAAGCUAUACACACAAAUAAGUCUUCACAGUUCCUCCAACGCAUUGACGUCGCCCUGCACGAGAGCGGCAAGCAAGUUGAAGCCGUCAAAGCUUUAGAAACCGCGGUUACGAAGAAGGACAAGAAGGCGACGUUGGAAGCGCUGGAGGAAUGUGAAAAGUUGAACUGCGUCGACGGGGGCAGCCACACAAAAGAGUUAGCGGAGUUACUGCUCGCACCCGGGAAAUUGCUGAAACAGCUCACAGAGAGGAAGAAGGAGAAUGAAGAGGUGGGGCUGAAGAAUUUCGCAGUGGCAGAUUUUGUGAAGGCGGAGGAGGAGAGUGUAUCAAUUUAUUACUUGAUGAAACUGUCAUUGUGGCUGUGGCACCAUGCAACUGUGCCCUUUUUGUAAAUGCAAACACAGACAGCUGCUUCUGCUUUGUAAGAACAAUAAAAAUCUUCAACUUAAUCAUGUCAUAACAUCGUGCACGACACACCACGACGAAACGCUACGUAAAUCAGAUCGCCACUCUCUCCCGCGACGAGCUUGUCACCCGCGUUCUCGACCGUACCCAGCAACUCGCCGAGAACCGGAAGUAUUUCGCGAUCCGGCUCAGCGAGGAGAUUGCGAACUUCAACGAGAAAUUUGAAGUGCAGGCGGUGGAGAAGAUAGAAAACGCAACGAAGCACUUCGCGGAACUGUCGAGACAGGAGGUGGAAAGUGUGAAGAAGGAAGUGGAGAAGAAGUUGGGAGAAGAGUAUGAGUAUCCUGUGCAAAAGUAUCGUACUCGUAGUAAUUGCAGUCAUGCGUGACAAAUCUGGUUCCUUAGCUUAUUCAGCAUUACAAAUUUCAUUUUUCCUUCUGGAAAAAUUUGUAAUGCUAUUUCUACUAGUGCGAUACUUUUGCAAUGCAUAAUGAGGUGGAGCUGGAAAAAGCGCUUUUGUCCUGCGAGAAAACCUUAACGGAGCAGAAUGACAAGGUUCUGACAGAGUACGGAAUCGUCGCGGAGGAGACGCUCCUGGAGCAGUAUUUGAAGAAUCAGUUUUGUUCUUCUCUGUCAUGCUGAAUUUCAAUCACGGGCUGAUUUUCUCAUGCGUUGUAUUGAGCAGAACAAGACAUGAGGAGAAUAUAAUCACAUUCAAUUUUCCUUCAGGAAUGCCAACUACGCAAUGUCCCUGGCGGACGCGGCGGGUGACAUCAUGGGCCUGAGCCGGGUGGUCGAAGAAGACUCCGAAGAAAUUGCAAAGCUGAAAGACCAGCGCCAACUGCAAAAAAUGACGAACGCGGCACGUAUUUUUUUGUGGUUGCUAUCACUUCAAUCUUUUGUCAUGCGUGUCGGUUAUUUCGUGGGCCACGACCAGAAGCAGAACUGGGGAGCAUAAAAGCCUGUGUGUUCUUCUUGACGCCGCACACGUAUGAUAUUAUCUCUUAAUUUUACUCCACAUCGUCUAUACAACGAGGACCACUGCAAUGAACUUAAACUUAGGUAUCAACUUUGCCGGCCAACGGAAGGACGCGAAAGACGCCUUCUCUCCCCUCGCCGCACAGAAAAUCGACGCCAUAACCCAAAAACUUGCGAAAGACGCCAUGCAGAAGUGCGAGUCUGGGACCCUGCUACGCAGCUCGUUAGAGGUGGCCAAAUCCUUCGACGACACGCUGCGAAAAUGGGUGGUCGCCUGCUUUGUCGAAAAGCCGAGCUCGCUCUGGUCCCAUGUGUACGCCAAUGUGAUCGGGAGGGUGUAUUCUGUGUCGUCAGGCACGGGGGGAGUCGUGACAACUAGUCCCGCUGCGAGUAGUACCAUGGAAGCACAAGAGCAGCCGUCGACACGACCCUCUGCAGGGACGACAAGUGAAAACGGCACGACCCAGCUAGAACUUUCCCUGGACUGCCUCCACGCGGCGAGUAAGUUUGUGGAGAAGGGCGAUCUGCUCUCCGCGGUCUACGCGUUGGAAAACCUGCCGAAACACAGCUUUGUCAAGGAAAAAAUCACACCGUGGCUGAAGGAGGCAAAAGCGGCGCUGUGUGGGGAGUUCGCGUUACAGGCCUGCGAAACCAGACUGCAGUGCUUGAACGUCAUAAACCAGAGUUCGAAGUAAUGUGUCGUGGUGCGCUGUUGGUCCCUGUCUUGAAACAAACAACUUCGCGCGAUCUUUCUACAGGAAAGUAAAACUUUUUCAAAACCAACUACGCUCAAUAUUGUACGGGCUGCUACUCGAUGAAGCAUCAUCUGAGAUGUCUAACGAAGAGGGUUAGCGUGUCAAAAAUAAACCAGUUCUUCUUGUCAUGCAUCAAAACGGUAUUACUGUGGUAGGACGACUUGCAACACAGUUGUGAAAAACAUCUGAGUUCUUUGAUAUCUUUCUUCAAUGUUGCGACGCGCUAAAAUAAAAGUAGAGAAAACCGUAUCAUUUUUAGAGGCGGAACACGUCGUCUUCGUGAUCGUAGG